AUGUCUUCCCACAUCUGUGGCGUGGUCCCGCCCUACCUUCUCCAGGGCAUCGCCGAGGGCCGAGAUGGUGUCGACGAUGACGGACGCGAAGCAGCCCUGCGCUCUCUCAAACACCGCCACGAGUACACGUCCAGGCGCUGUGAUCGCCUUGCCGCCCUGAGCCAGCCGCGUGCACGCCAGCAGCAUGCGGCGCUGCACCAGCAGCAGUCCAUCGUCCCCGAAAUCCUCCUUCAGCACAUUGCUGAGGCCGAGGGAGUCGACGAGGAGACCAGACAGCGCGCCCGCCGCGACUGCGAGCAGAUCAAGCUCGUGACGACCGCGUACAAGCAGUCGUUGUCCGGGGAGGGAGGGGUCGAGCAGCAGUCCCUCGCCCCAAAGCUCGAGACGGAUGGCUUCUACCGCGCCGUCUAUGACGCGAAGCACGCUCAGAACGAAAACAAACUCCCGGGCACCGUGGUACGCGUCGAGGGCCAGAAAGUCGCCAACGACGAGGCGGUCAACCAGGCUUACGACAACGUCGGCAAGGUGCUCGAUUUCUACGAGAAAUUUUUCAAGUGGAAGAGCAUCGACAACAAGAACAUGCACGUCCUGAGCUCGGUGCACUUCGGAAAAGGGUACGAGAAUGCGUUUUGGGAUCCCGACAGGAUGCAGAUGGUCUUCGGUGACGGCCAUACGUUUCUCUACCACUUCACCAACUGCAUCGAUGUCAUUGGCCACGAACUGACCCAUGCCGUCACUGAGCACACGAGUCCGCUGGAGUAUGAAGGCCAGGCCGGUGCAUUGAAUGAGCACAUAUCGGAUGUGUUUGGCAUCAUGGUCAAGCAGCUUGUCGAGGAUGAGACGGCCGACAAGGCUGACUGGCUCAUCGGCGAAGGCUGCCUGCUGCCCGACGUUAAGGGAGUUGCGCUGAGGAGCAUGAAGGAACCCGGCACUGCCUAUGACGACCCUCGAUUUGGCAAGGAUCCCCAGCCGGCAUCCAUGGCUGGAUACAAGCCCGUCACCGAGGACAACGGCGGCGUGCACAUGUUCAGUGGGAUCCCAAACCGAGCCUUCUACCUCGCCUCAGCUGCGUUCGGCGGCUACUCCUGGGAGAAGGCCGGCCAGAUUUGGUGGAAGACCAUGAACAGCGGCAGCGUUCCUCCCCGGUGCACUUUUAUCCAGUUUGCCGAUGCCACGACCGAUAUUGCCCAUGAGCUGUACGGAGAUGAGGGGGCCAAGAUUGUCCGCGACGCCUGGAACGAGGUCGGUGUGGUGCGUCAGCGCUAA